CGACUAGACAUUUCAAUCACUUUAUUCAGAUCCACUCCAUCGUUUUUUCAAUUCCUCUACUAUCCCCUCUUCCGAGUCUAACUCCAUAAUACAUCACCAAACCAAAACCGACAAUAUGCUUUCUCACACCGUCCUCCUUGCUCUCGUUGCCGCCGUUGGCGCUGUCCCCCUCAACAUCAACUUGGGAGCUUAUUCGCCCGCCCUGGUAGUCGGUGAUGGUGAAAUAUCACUGGGAGCCGCGGGGGCCGCAGCAGGUGCCGCCGCCCAACAAGCAAAGCGAGGCAACCUCGUCCGCGACAUCAACGAGAUCCUCAAGAAGCGUGAGGCCGCCCCCGAGCCCACCGAGCUGGCCCACAUCGAUGCUGUCUCCCGCGCCGUCGAAUGGAUCAAGCGCGACAUCAACUCCUUCAACGCCGCUCUGGGCUACGCCGAGAGGGCCCAGCAGAACCAGCCCAAGAUCGAGCUCGGUACCGGUGCUGAGGGCUCUGGUGUUGGUAUCACUGUCAACGCUGGUCUCAACGUUCCCGCCAACUCUGCUGCCAAUGGCGCUGCCGCCCCUAAAGCCGCCGGGCGCGCAGUCAAGCGCUCCGAGGAGGUCGUCGACGAGGCCGAGGCGCCCAAGAUGACCCUCGUUGCCAUCACCGAAGUCUGAGCGCCAACCCGGGCACUGUCGAUUGCGGGGCGUUGAUACCCAUUCUUUAAGAGCAUCACGCGUGGGGAGGUUCGAACAGGGGAGGCAUGUAUCUGUCUGGCGCAAACAUUUCCUUUCUACGAUUGGGGCUUUUCGGUGUACGAGGGCAAUUCUAUGAGCAACGUAUAUGGCAGUAUAUGAUACUGGUACUAUUGAGGAAGACUCGAGCGGCCGGCGGAGAUGAGAAAAGCGGAUAGAAUCCAAUAAACGACUAAGUGAUCACUUCGA